CCUUCCUCCAUCCAGCUGUAGAUCAGGAUGCAUGAAUGUUAAGCGAGGAUAGUGUCAGAGAUGAGAGAGGGAGUGGGGGGGGGGGGGUUGAAAUAUAAAAAGAGAAAGCGAGCGAGAGAGUGGAGGAGGCACAACGACAGAGGGUGUUGGAAGCAGCAUACCGCUGUGUUGUGAUUAUGUAGUGAGCGUGGAGCGGCCGGACCACAACAAGGGGAGAAGGGAUUACGGUGAGGACACAGCUCGGCUUGAAGCUUGAUCAAUAAAAGGGAUUUGAAAUAUGAAGUCACUCGAAAACCUUGAGGACAGUAUGAAGACAAAACAGACAGGGGACAACUAGCUCCUGAUAUUUGGACUCAAGGCAAGAAGACAUCCUGCUGCAGAAUGAAGGGAAACACUCAGGUGAGCUGAGUGUGGAGGACAACGGGGUGGAAGCUGCCUGCUAUACGACAAACAUUUCAAUGAAGAGAGGAGAGAGAGAGAGGGAGAGAGAGUUCACCACAAGAGCUUGGUUUUGAAUCUCCAUUCCACAAAUGAAUUAUUCUGUGUGCUGUCAGACAUUGAGAGGGAUCUGUGUGACCGAUGUAAUGGUGUGGAAACACUGGCGCUCUCUCAAUUUGUAAGGCUCUGGAGUCGGCCGGACAAAGGAUGGGGAGACGAGCUGCCGACCUGACAACUUCGGUUCCAGUUUUGGGUGUCCCUGCCCUGGUUGGAUUGCACGGCUGGAGGACAAUGGGAGGAGACAGAAGCGGAGGAGCCCUGCUUCAGACGUGGGGACCUCAGUGCAGCAUUGGUGUUCAGACGUCCCCAGGGAUCAACAGGCCUUGCACCCAGCAUGGUGCACAGGUGACCGACACCCUCUCGACGCCACCAGAGAGCGUCACUCAAACGACAAAGAGCCAUAUUACGAAGGAAACAGAGUACGAGGAGAUACUACCGCUAACAAAGAGUGACAAGGAGAAAAGAGCUAUUUUAAAACAGAAAAGUGGGGAAUCGAAGACCAAAAAGGAAGUGACUUUCAAAGCACUUGGAGGUGAAGCCUCUGGGGAUGUGGCCUGCAGUCAGAGGAGCACUUGUGGGACUUAUUGCUAUGCCAGGGCAAUCAAGACCAACCCACACUUUGCAGUAACCAACGUGAGGCGGAAAUGGAAAUCUGCUCCCCGCUACUUGAACGGCAGCGUGGUAGAUUCUGAGGCCAUCGGUGGAAUCAGCGCUGAUAACGAUGAGGGGGAGCCCGCUAACAGACUUCGAGGCCGCUACGCAGAGCGGUGCGGGACGAUGCUGCCGCCAUCCUCUGCCCCGCCUCUUGGUAUGACAAAACAAAUAUGUAGUCAUUGCGGUGGCAAACAGUCUGUGACCACCGGAGUUGCGUCUUUAGUUACGAACAGCUCCGCUGUCGAUACUCGUCUUGGAGUGAAACCGUUCAAGGCGGCCCUUGCCUCGCUCCCCCACAUUGAGAAAACCGUUAAGCCAAGCCACCGUGACACUUCUGAGAGCAUCACAAACACGGACAAAAGAACACACGUUAACUCAGACCCGUCAUGUUUCAGUGAAGAACUGAAGUACGGAAAAGCACCGCGCCCAUCAUGCGGCGUGCACUGCAGGGGCUACGCAGCUCCAUUGUCACAGACAUAUGCCGCCAUCGAUGCAACAUCUCCCCAGCCCACUGCCAUCCUACAUGCUAAAACCAUCACUGUCACCAAAGCAACUAUUGAAACCAGGCAAGAGGAUGCUUCUUCAAAAUCAUCCGCCAAACCGUCCCGGGACAAUAAGAUCUCCCGGCCAACCAGCCUCAUGUUGACUCCGCAGAUGGCCACAGCAACCAAACCAAACAACCCACAUUCACACACUUAUCCAAAGCACCUCCGGGUAUCCCAACCUAACUCUACACAACCUAACUUGCCUCAAAAUGUUUGUGUGUCUGUACACGCUACAUCCCAAGAUACAAUAUCGCCACCUUUUUGUUCGCAGACUGCAGGCGGAGGUGCUGGACCAGAAGCCCCAACCACUCGCAACAUAAAUGAAACAAUUACAAGCCUCAGCACUGCACCGAUGUCCACUGAAAGGACGCCCGCAAAAGUUGCUCAAUGUGAAACACAUCCAACGGGUGUGAACACAGCAACAAAAACAACUUAUGGGCCACGAAUGUCCCCUAAAUGUGCCAACGUGGCACUAGCAGCCAAUGCAUCAGAACCUACGAGUGAACAGGGAACAGCUGCGCGACUUUCACCUGCAGCUCGAGCGUGUACCUCACACGCCUCAGAUCACACGACGCAGGGAAAGCCGCCAUCAAACGUAGGUGGCAAAUCACCAGGUAACGUUUAUUUUGCUACCACUGAAAUGCCCUCGACUGUAUUCCCCGCACCACACGCAACGACGCCACAUCAAAUUCCCAGCCCCCGUGUCCCAGGAAGCACUUUAAGUCAUAACUUCAAUUCAGAUCACAUCAGCACUGAACAUAAAUCUGCACACAUUUUUCAACAGAAUUUCUCCAUUUCUGAGCCCGCGCUUUGUGUUUCCACAGCGUCUGUAAAUGCACCAAGUGCAGCAAAACCCUUGGAAUCAAAAGCUAGAUUGCUUCCAAGUCCAGGUUCAUCUACAUCUACGCGCAACAGAGCUCUGUGCGAAAAUAAAGCCCUCAGGUACUCCUCAAUCAAUCUGAAAUCUUCACCAACCAAAGCCUCCACCUCUUCGGUGGCGUUGACGGGGAACCAAAGAAAUGUUUGUGUAUCAGGUACAUCGUCACGUCAGUCAGCAGACACAACACAACACAACAAAGAGCUCAGUCGCAAUGAAGCGCCGUGCGCACGUCGUCCUGAUCAUACACCGGCCACAGACAGCAGGGCCUGUGAUGAAUCUGGUGCGUGUCUCGUCGUUUGCAAUCAGGAAAACAACUCUGCAACAGCUCCAGUCCCGCUCAAUGUGUCAAUAAAUCACAACAGAGCCAGUGAUACGUGCACCCAGCCUCCUAAAUCAACUGUAACUUCCGAUGCUAAAUCUGAUAUAUUCAAUGGUGAUGUACUGAAUGAAUUAGUUGUGCGUGAGUCAAAUGACCAUGAAGAUUUAAAUCUGUCCCGGGUCACCAACCUCCAAAAUUACAUUUCCCUAAUUAAUUCAAGCAGCUCUUGUCUGCAGGGUUGCAUGAACACAGAACAACAAAGGCUUGCACAUUGUCAAGGAUACACAGAGACAGGACAUGAGGGACACUGCGCUACAUGCCCACCAGCAGAAACAGCCCAGGAGACAGAUUCAAAUGCAGAACAGUUUACCUCGGAAGUCUCAGUCAGGCAUGCAAACACUAAGCUUAACUCCAAUGCAUACAAACAGGCCCUCCCCGAAUACCCAACACCCACUCCCAAAGCGCAGACAAACUUUGAAGACACUGGCGGACGUGUCGAGCAGAUUGACGAAUCUUCAGUGCACAAAAACUCUGAGUUGGGAACUUCAUCACCACAGCAGGCACGCACAAGUCUGACGUUGUCAUCCGCUGCACCGGGCCCUGAACGCUGUUCCAUGUCGCCGUCAACAACAACGCACAUGGCAUCCCUCCUCCGCCUCCCGCGGUGCUGCGAGGCUGAAGAAAUCGUCGGAGCGGAUCCAGAGUUUCAGCCGUGCCGGGAGGACACCAGCAAAGCUCCCCGCCACCCAGCUGCUACGGGCCUGUUGCGGCCUUCCUCCCCACAGUGCCGUAAAUCUGCGGCCCUGCAGCAAAGGCUGGAGCUGGUGGAGGCCAGCCUGGCAGCCAACAAGAGCAGGAUCACUACCUUGCUUGACAUUAUCCAUGAUCUGGAGAUGAGCAACACUCCCACGGGCGGUAGGCGCUGCUACAAACCUGGACAGGAGCUCACAAACUGCUCAACCUGCCAGAGGACUGCUUGCAUUGUCUACAGUGUGGAGUAUGACUUCAGGCAGCAGGAAAGACGAUUCUCGGAAGUUUUGAAUCACCCAGCAAGAGGAAAUAGUGCUUACUCCACGCACCUAUCCCAGCCCCUCAACUUAAGCCUGCUCCGAAACGCUGUUAUUAAGAACUUAACAAAGUCAAAGGUGAGAAGCAAAAAGCUGUGCAAGACCCUGUUCAAGUGGCUGCCCAGGAAAAUCCAGCAAAUGUAGACCUCUAAACAAUACCUGUGGUUUCAUUAAUAGCUAUCAGCUACCAGCAGAAACCUUCACAGAGGACUCUUACUUCUCCUUUCCUUCUCCAAGAGGGAGAUUACCUUUGAAUUUGUCUCUUGCCAGGUAGAUUUCCGCUCUGAUGCGCAUUGUUAACGUUUAUUAAUAGGAUUUUGUACUAAAAUCUUCCCCUGAUCUGUGAACUUCAACUAUCUAUUUUAUUUCAGAAAGUUACCGUUGAUGUUACAUUUAACCUUCAGUCGUCCCCUUUACCUGCUUCUCCUGGGACCAUAUGUGCAGCACAAAGCAGGUUUUUGAAUGGAAUCCCUUUGAAAGGCAAAAAUAAAUCAGAAUUUGCUGAUUGUUCUGUAAAUAUGUUCUAGUAUUGCCCAAAGCGUUGUUUUAUUCACAAUGCUCAGCUUCUUUUUGUGCAAUUAAUGAUGAAAUAAAGAAAAUGUUCACCUGA